AUGCUGCUUCCAACAGCCCACAAUGCCUGGAUUUCAGCAUUGCCAAUGCCACUGACUCUGCGCAUUCUCCUGGAACUACCAGAUCUCAAGGCUCUCUACGCUGCAAUCUUGUCGUCACCGCACCUCGACGCCGUUUCCCAUCUAGAUGCAAGACGCGUCUUCCGAACGAUCAUGGCACGGAGUCUUCCUGAUGAGCUCGCCUCUCCAGUGCUGGUCUACAUGCUACUGCGAGAACGUCUUGUAACAAAUGGCAUUUCUCGGACCCUUACCAUGGAACAGCUCCAGAAUGUGAUCGAUAAUUUCGUUGCUGCCGCGACGACAGAUCCUUGGCUAGAAAUAUCUGUCUGGACCGUCUUCCAUACCGUUGCGCAAGCAGUCCGUUUCCACGAUAUUAACUUUUCCGUCCUCCGCUCCAAGCUCGAUUAUCUUAGCACUUUCAAAUUCGAAAAACUGGCCGACUCUAGAUACAGGUACAGGCGUCCUCACAGUCCACUCCAUCAAGAACCUCAAGGCGUUUCCAUGAAGAUCCAUUUCCCACUCAGCGAUCCGAGUUGGGACGAAGAGACGCGCGUCAUUCGUGUUCUAUGGCUGUUGGCCGCGGGUCGGCGAGCGGUCCCGAACACAACUACUUCCGGUCGGGAUACUGUCGAAAGCUUCACAGAGAUCCAGCGAUUAUUUCUGGGCCUCCAAGGCGAGUCAACACUGGAGCUGGCUGCCGAGAUAGUACAGAGUAUGUUUGUUGGGUCUACAUUAAAACCACCUGACAAGCCAAACAAGACGGCCAUUCACUCUUACGACAUCCUGCAGGCGUACUUAAUCCAAGAUACUGCCCUGGUCACUGACUCUUCGGCGUUUGAUCCACUGCCGAGAUCACCACGGUUCUCUUGGUGUCCAGCGGUUGCCUUUGCCUGGUCUUCUGGUGACGCUGUCGUACGAAGAGCAGUGGCAUUUCGCUUACGGCAGGAGAACAACGAGUUAUCUCGCAUUAGGGUCUACAGGCUACGUUCUGAUAGUCCCUUGCGAGACUCGAACUGGGAAACAUUUCAUUGCUUUGGUUUUGGCUUCUGGGAUUCGCAGCGCGUUUGUGUUGAGCUCGGCCUACGCGAACACGGUCAAGAUACUCCGGNNCAUUGGGGUCUGGAGUAG